UUGGCUUUAGAUCAGAACAAGACAAUCCAAUCUAGUUGUGGUCAAGUUGUAGUGCUAAAAUUUAGUUUGGUCUAAGAUCUACCAAGACCAAGUAAAUUAUUAAAUUAUACAAAUAUCUAUAUUUCCACUGGUGUUUUUCACGCAAUUGUCGGUCGAGAAUAAUUGUCCAAGACUGUAGUCGCGGUUUGCAAGCGACUUGCAAGUCCUUGGUAACAUUCUUACAUAUUUCACUGGAAAAGCAAAGCUUCAUGUUACAAGCCUGUGGUCAUCAGCAGCAGAACAGAGAUAUAUGUUCUUCUAUUGAUAGUUGCCUCCAUUGCAACAACGGCAGAGAGACUCAUGGCUCUUCCUUCCACUAUGGCCUCCUUGCCAUUUCUUUUCCUUGGUCUUUCAUUCUUCCCUCUUCUUCUACUUCUUACAAGAAAAAGGGAGGGACAAACUGCAGCUCCCAAGCUCCCACCAGGCCCAGCCAAGCUUCCCAUAAUUGGAAACCUGCACCAACUGGGGAAGCACACCCACCACUCCCUGUGGCAACUAUCUCAACAACAUGGCCCCCUCAUGCAUCUGAAGCUUGGUAAGAUACCCACCCUUGUGGUGUCAUCUCCCUCGAUGGCCAGAGAGAUCUUGAAGACCCACGACCAUGAGUGCUGCAGCCGAGCGCCACUCUUCCCCUUUACAAAGCUCUCUUAUGGUUGCUUGGAUGUUGCCUUUGCACCGUAUGGAGACCAGUGGAGGGAGCUUCGAAAGGUCUGCAUCAUCGAACUCUUUAGCAACAAGAAGGUGCUCUCGUUUCGAUCGAUGAGAGAAGAGGAGAUCCACCGAACUAUGAACUUAAUAUCAUCUUGUUCUAACGAUCUAAACCCCAUCAAUCUGAGCAAGGUGUUAUUCUCCCUUUCGAGCAGUAUCGUAUGUCGAACUGCCUUCGGUAGAGGAUACCAUGGUGGAGAAGAAGGUCGAUUUCACAAACUCCUUAAAGAAGCCCAAGCCAUGUUAGGUGGCUUCUUUGUUGCCGACUACCUACCAACUUUCGGAUGGGUCGACAUGCUUACAGGAAUGCGAGCGAGGCUUGAGAAAAUAUUUCUUGAACUCGAUGACUUCUACCAACAACUCAUUGAUGAGCACAUCGAUCCAACGAGGCCACAAGAUGAUCAAGAUGAAGACACCAUUGAUGCUUUGCUCCGCAUCCAAAAGGAUGGAAACUAUAUAACUCAAGAUCACAUCAAAGGAGUACUAAUGAAUAUCUUCAUAGCUGGAACGGGCACAUCCUCUGCAACAGUGGAGUGGGCAAUGGCGGAGCUCAUGCGACACCCACAAGCGAUGAAGAAGGCGCAAGAUGAAGUCAGAGGUUUCGUGGGAAGGAAAGGAAGGGUGGAGGAGAGUGAUCUCCAUCAGCUUCACUACAUCAAGUCUGUUGUGAAGGAGGCGAUGAGACUGCGGCCUGCGGGUGCAAUACUAAUACCAAGAGAGACGAUGAAGCAUUUUAUGAUCGAUGGUUAUGACGUUCCACCCAAAACAAUGGUACUCAUCAACGCAUGGGCGAUGGGGAGAGACGCAGAUACUUGGCAUAAGCCUAAUGAAUUCUAUCCUGAGAGAUUCAUGGACAGCUCCUCUGAGCUCAAAGGACAUGGUAAUUUCGAGCUUAUACCAUUCGGAGAAGGCCGAAGGAUUUGCCCUGCGAAGCAUCUUGGAUUGCUGCUUGUGGAGCUUGUGCUUGCGAACCUUUUGUACUGUUUCGACUGGGAAUUACCCAGCGGCAUGAGGACAGAGGACGUCGACAUGGAGGAAGCAGCUGGUCUUACAGCGCACAGGAAAUCAGCUCUCUGUCUUGUGGCCAAGAGAUACAGUGAGAUGGAUUGGUAGAUGUUUGUCGUGCUUCAAUUUAUUCAAUAAUGCUUUGUUUGAAAUUAGGUUUGCAGGGAUCCAUGCUUGAUCCUUGCUAGAAAUAACUUGAGAUGAUGUAUUUGGCAGUAGUUGAUGUGAGAGAGAAUUUGGCUUUGGUGCAUUCAAUUAAAAUACGAAAUUUGGACA